GAUAUAAAACACGGCCCCACGGUCUCAGCUCGUGUCAGAACAGCUGAUCUCGGAACAGCUCCAGACUCAGAGGAGCCGCUUCCUGCAGGAAAACCUCCGUCUAUGGUUGAGAACGACGCUCCAGCAAGGAUGUCCCGGACCGACGAGGUGCACCGCAUCACGGAGAACGUGUACAAGUCCAUCAUGGAGCAGUUCAACCCCUGCUUGAGGAACUUCAUAGCCAUGGGGAAAAGCUACGAGAAGGCGCUCACCAGUGUCACAUAUGCUGCAAAGGGCUACUUCGACGCUCUGGUGCGGAUGGGCGAGAUGGCCAGCGAAAGUCAAGGCUCUAAGGAUCUUGAAGAGGCAGCAUGGGAGGUGCUCUUUCAGAUGGCUGAGGUGCACAGACAGAUCCAGAUCCAGCUUGAGGAGAUGCUGAAGUCUUUCCACAACGAGCUGCUCACAGAGCUGGAGAAGAAGGUGGAGCUGGACGCACGCUACCUGAAUGCCGCGCUGAAGAAGUACCAGACGGAGCACAAGGGCAAAGGGGAGAGUCUGGAGAAGUGCCAGGCCGAGCUGAAGAAGCUGCGCCGGAAGAGCCAGGGCAGCAAACACCCCUCGAAGUACGGAGACAAGGAGAUGCAGUACGUCGAGGCCAUCAGCAACAAACAGAGCGACCUGGACAACUACAUCGCCGAGGGCUACAAGCACGCUCUGUCGGAGGAGCGGAGGAGGUACUGCUUCCUGGUGGACCGUCAGUGUGCUGUGGCCAAGACCAGCAGCGUCUACCACAACAAGGGAAAGGAGCUUUUAUCUCAGAAGAUCCCGAUGUGGCAGCAGGCGUGUGCCGAGCCCAACAAGCUGCCAGAUCGCGCCAUGUUUCUGGCGCAGCAGAUGAGCGGCAUGGUGGGCAGCAUGGCGCCCGGUGCUCUCCAUCCAGGCAUGUCCAUCGUGGAGUCCAUCCCCGGUGCUAAACCCCUGCCGGUGCCUCCGGAGCUGGCAGCGUUCAGGGCCAGUGGGGGAAUGGGACAGCAGAGGCUGAUGGGCGGAGUGGAGGCCGGGAUGCCGGUGAUGAACGGCUCGGCCGGCGCCCACGGAGGAGAAGACUACCAGCAGUGGAUGGAGGGCAAAGUGGCCCAGGGCAAAGCCUCGCCCCAGACCCAGCGGCACGGGGGGGAGGUCUACUCCAACACCCUGCCUGUGCGCAAGGCCGCCCCCGCCAAGAGCAAGACCACGCUGAUGGAGACUCGCACUCUGCCCCGGUCCAGCUCCAUGGCUGCAGGGCUGGAGAAGAAUGGGAGAACCUGUGUCCAGGCCAUCUUCUCUCACACCGCCGGAGACAACAGCACCCUGCUCAGCUUCUCCGAGGGCGACGUCAUCACCCUGCUGGUCCCCGAGGCCCGUGACGGGUGGCACUACGGAGAGAACGAGAAGACCAGGAUGCGUGGCUGGUUUCCCUUCUCCUACACGAGGCUGAUCUCUGACGGUGACAGUGACUCCGUGAGGCAGCUCCGGGUACACAACCUCCAUCACGGGAAGAGCAGCAGCACAGGGAACCUUCUAGAGAGAGAAGACAUGGCCAUGCCCGUCCCUGAUUACGGUAGCCACGCCCGCAUGGCAGCACCGAGCGCGGCAGCGCUGCAUGGCAGACAACAACGCCCCUACAGCGUGGCAGUGCCAGGCUCCUCACAGCACGGGGUCGAAGAGUACGAGCCUCGCUUCCCCACAAGUUCCACAGAGGGCAAGUUGAUUUCCACAGUGUGAGGACAGACAGACAAACAGACUCAGCCAGACGAUGCGAUAGGACAGGCACCUCGCUGCCCUUCAACCCCCCCCCCCCUCCCUCCCUCCCCUCUGCCCUGCCUCCCUCCCUCCCUCCUGCUCAUGGCAAUAAACUCUUCCCCAAGUUGAUCAAUGCAACGAAGACGCUCGGGUGUUUGUCUUCUCCCCUCUCUGACCCUCACCCCUUUUACCUCAGUCCUGCCUUCUUCAUAUCCUCCCCCCUUUCUGGACCUCACCUCCCUCCUCCCUUCUUCCACCAAUCCUGCCUUGUGCUGUCUGACGGUCCGGUGGCCACGCCGGGCCGCUGGUGAAGCCUGGGCGCUCAGCCACGCCCGGCCAAACCAGAACAAAAUGGACUCUGUGCCAUCCGAAUAUUCAAAAUCAAAGGGAUGGACCUUUUCUCUGAGGAAAAGUGUAUCUUUUGCUCGUCUUUCAUGCAUGUACAUUUCCUUUAUUUACGGCCGGGGAGGCUCUCUCCCCCCCGAAGGAACCUGAUCUCACGAAUGUCCUGCGCUCCAUCAGAAUGACCCUGUGGAGGAUGUGUGUAAAUCAGGGUGGAACCGUACAGUCGUUGAUCCCACAGAGGAUCUUCAUGAUGUAAAAACAUUACAAUCAAUACUUCUACUGAUUCUCUCAGUAUUUAACAAUAAUAACUUUUCAUGCUGUGAGGUUUUGUACUCUGAGACAAGAGGUCAUGUAUCACGAGUAGUGAACCGAUAAUUAACUGUUUUAACGCACCGGAGACGAUGUAAUGGAAUGUUGACUGUACAUAAAUGUGCCAUAUACAGAAGUGCUUGUCUUACAGUAUCUAUGAUCCGUUCAUAACCAAAUGCACCUUAUAAAAGUAAUAGUCUAUAUUUCUGACUUCCUGUGAACAGAGUUAACGUUUUCAGUAUCGGUCUCGUCGUCUGUAUCGGAGGGCGACUGUGUUCGGACACACACACACUGGUGCUCGGGCCCCUUCCUCUAUUUAUUGUGAUGUGUGAAUAUCAUGUGGAGGCUGAAUGGGGUCGACGAACCCUCGGCCCCGACGCGCUCGAGGCUCCGAGCUGGUUUGGAGAAACGCUCGGUUCUUUAAUCACUGAAAUGAAAAGUGUUUAGAACUGGUGAAGUUUUGAAAGUAGAAACUUGUCAGAUAUUCGGUGCUUGCAGCUUUUAAAAUGCUGCUGCUUAGCUUUUUUUUACUGAUUGUAUAUUGAAUAUAUUUUGUUGCUUAAACAACAAACUCAAAUUAAAGACUUAUUAAAUUAUACAUUUUCAGUUGAAAGUUGUUCAUGCAUGAAAGAAACGACAACUGGCCCCCCCGUUGGACUCGGUUCCCAUUUCAAACACUUUAAAUGCUUUUCCAUAUUCAGAUGUGUGUUAGUGCCUCUUAUUGAUGUUUGAAUUAGUAUAUAACAUGAAUAUUAUAUUUUUAUGGCGAGUGAGUGUGAGAAACAUCUGGAUCCAGAGGGUAGAAUGAGGCAGCGGCAGUACGGUGAUAAAUGGAGUCAAAGUGGUGUAGCUAGGCCGUGACGAGCAGAGGGGGGGGGCUCCGUGUUCAAACCUCAUUCAGCCUCCUUGUUCUUCUGCUCUUUGCAAUUAAAGACGUGAUUUUAAAAACCUCAGUGAGUGAACAGCAUCAUGUUUUGCAGAAAAAAAGAAGUUUGUCUGAUUCUCUCUGUGCUGAAUAAAGAAGCUGCUCGUCAGUUAGUCUUCUCACCACCGUCCCCCCCGUCGACUUCUGAUGUCCACUAACCACGAUUUCUCUCAUGAUUCUUUAAAGUCUUUUAACCAAAGAGAGAAGGUGAAGUUUUAAACUCUGCACCUCUCCUCUGCCUCCUACUUUGCAAAAAUGUCUGCACCAUUUAAUGCAGAGUCUUAAAAUGUGUUUUUUUCUUUGAAUGAGUGAAAAAGUGAAGCAGAAACUUUCUCUCAACAGUUGUUAAUAAUACUGUUUCCUUUUUCACUUUAAAAGAAAAAUGUUUUAAGUCUUCCUGUGAGACCUGUUUGCAUCGUAGAGACGUGUCCUCUGUGUCUCUUCCUCCGUCUGUCUGUGACCUAACACUCGUCUUCCCCCUCAGCUUUGCCAACCCUCCUUUCUUUCCAUCUCUGUUUUGAUAAAUUCAGAAACAAAAGUCGAGCACAAACGACUGGAAGCUGCCAGUGUUUCUUCUUUCUCCACUAAAAUAAGUCCAAGGUACGACUGCCACCGCUGCAGAGAUAGCACACCGACCACCUGUGGCCCCAAACUCCUGCAUCGACUGAUGUGCUUUUAUUUUGAUGAGUUUUGUUGUGAAAGGGGAAAAAAAGGAAUCUGAAUAUUGUACAGAGAAGUUAUGUGCAUGCUUUGGGGGCACGAAUAAUUCUAAAGUUGAUGACCUCAAAUGUACGGUGACUUUCUAAGACUAAAGUAUAAAAUAAAUUUAUUCAGCCGGA